AUGUCGUUCGACGCUCCAGGCGCGGCAGUCUUGCCCCGCUAUCUGCCCGUGAGCGAGCUGGCGACGACGUCCCUCCAGCAAUCGGCCAUCGCCAUCAUCUUCACCUUCAAUGCCCUUGCCUUCGUCGUCUACCUGCUGCGCAUGUACAGCAGGAUCUCGACGAAGCAGGUGGGAGUGGAUGACUACCUAAUCACUGGUGCCAUGAUCUGCUCUAUUGGAUUGCUGGUCCCUACUUAUAUGUUCUUUCGAUACGAAUAUAUCGGGUUUCGUACAUCCGAUGUCCCAGACACCUACGAUGCUGAACCUGUGCUCAUGUGGAACUGGAUCAUGCAAGUCCUGUAUAAUCCCAUCCUAGCCCUCGUCAAAUCCUCCAUCCUCUUCUUCCUACUCCGGCUAGGCGGUCAUCGCCAGAGCAUCCGAUGGUGCAUCAUCGUCCUCAACACCUUCAACUUGGCCAUGAUGGUCGCCGUCUUCCUGGGCGUCAUCUUCCAGACCAUGCCUGUCCGCGCCUACUGGGACCACAGCAUCACUCCCAAGUACACCAUCGACGGGGUCGCCUUCUACAUCAGCACCGCCAUCAUCACCAUCAUCACCGACUUCCUCGUCCUGUUCCUACCCUUCCUCAUCUUCCUCGGGUUGAAGAUGCGCCUGGCCGCCAAGAUUGGUCUCAUGAUGGUCUUUUUGACUGGUGGAGUUGUCACCGCCGUCGGCAUCGUCCGCGUGCACGAGCUCCGCAAGAAGUUCAACAACAUCGAUCCCGGCUACGACUCCCGCCACGGCGUAGGCGACACCCUCAGCACCGUCGAGCGCUGGCUCCCUGGUCUCUUCACCAACGACUCCAGCCGCGAUCGCAACUACGGCUACACGGGCACCGGCCCCGGUGCCACCCGCAACGACUACGGCAUGGGCACUUCCCGCACGAGAAGGACCCAAACCAGGCGGGGAAGCCUCACGGAAAUCAACCUCGACAACCUGAAGCGAUCCGCUCAUACCGAGAUUCGCGGACACUCGCCCGAUGGCAGCGAGGAGGAGAUCAUGACGUACAACGGCAUCAUCCGAACCACCAACAUCCGUGUGUCUUACAACGACGCUUCGGAUCCGGAGGGCAAUGGGCAGGGACGAUUUGCCGAAGGAUCAGGCGCGAUGGAUUCGGAUGUGAAACCACCCAAAAACCCUGUAUGA